AUGAGCGACAUGGAUGUGGUGGCUAAUUUCGUGGUCAUGACGGGGGCUACAGAGGAUCAAGCCAUCCACUACCUUUCCACCUACGACUUCAACUUGGAGGAUGCUGUCGUGGCGUUUCAGGUAGAUAAUUCUCAUACCUCGCCGCGACACGCACAAGAGGACUCUCCACACCACACCAGCAUCGACACGGGCUCACCCCUGAGUGCGCCAUCGCCGGCGUCGCAUCAAGUGGAGGGCCUUACGUUCCCCCGGGCCCCUCAGCGUCCACCAACGCCACCACUGCAGCGAGCACUUGCUUCCUCGACGGCCGAAGCGAUACAGCGCCUCUUCGCCCGCCCCGACUACGUAGUGGGUAGCGACAGAGUCGCCUUCGACGCGGAGUGCGAGAAGGCCGCGUUGCGCCACUGCUGGGUUGUUGUGUCUGUCGUGGACAACUCGUUCCCCUGCGAGUGCUUUACGCGUGACAUCUGGGCCAGUGACGCCAUGCGCUCCCUCACCAGCGGCAGCGUGUUUUGUUAUGAAAUUAACGUCACGCACACCCGCGGCAUGGCCCUGGCGGAGAAGUAUAACGUCGACAGCGGACACCUGCCCCGCAUGUUCAUGGUCGAUCCGGUGACUCAGUUCAAGGUGCAAGAGCUGCCGCUCAUCUCCUCUGAGGUGUGGCAGUUCGACAGCGCCAUGGUGGUGGACGCCAUCAUGCUCUUCAUUACUAACCACGACCCCCCGCACGAUCCGUUUGCCAGCCCGGAUGAUCAGCCGCAAAAUGACGCCGGAGGUGACGGUGGUGGUAACGCGGGCUCGACAUCCGCGGGUGCAAACAUAACGCCGCCGGUCGUGAUAGACGUGAACAAGGAAGACAGCGAGGCCGAGAUGGCGUCGCCUUCGACGAUUUCGGGAACCUCCACCGUCCCAGUCGCAGCCGCCGCAAGUACGGUGGAGGUUCCCGAGGCAGCCCAAGUCACCGCACCCUCCCCGGUGACGCUGGACGAGUACACAGUUCCGGAGGGCACCACUGUCGAUGCAGUCAACGUCUUUCGGCUGCGCUACCGACUGCCGCAUUCGUCUUCCACUCUGCAGCUGCGCCCUGACACACCGGUAGCGAGGCUCAUUGACUACCUGGCGUAUCUCUUGUACACGGAGGACACCACGCGCUACUCGGUCCCGCCGAGCAUUAGCAUUUUUAGUGGGUUUCCUCCGAAGAACAUGACUGCCGGGGAGAUGCAGGGCGUCACGCUGAGCACGUGGACUGGCGUGCGAAGCGGCGAUGUCUUGAUGGUCCGUGUGAAUGCGUGA